AUGUUAAGUACAUCCUAAACUAGAAGUACCACUGAAACCAUAAGUCGUGUGAUUAUUGAUUCAAAUUAUGUGAUUGUGAAAAAUAUUUACAAGGGACAAUAGUAUAACCUCUAUUUAGGUAAUAAAUGAUGAAGUUAAAAGAUAGUUAGCUAUUAAAAAAGAAUAGUCAGAUGAUAUCAAUUCAUUUAACCACUAAGAGAAAUAUUAUCUAAUUAAAAUGAAAAAGUAUAUCAUAUCAUAAUAAUAUAGAUAAACAUAGUAGAAUGAAGCAAUUCCAGAACUUUAGUUUCUAAAUAGAUUAAGAGAUUGUAACGAAAUCAUUUCCUAAAUUAGUUAAUUGUGUUCCCUUUCUCAUUAAUUCUGGGGAGUAAGUAAUUAAAGGAUCAAAAUACCAUUAUCAAAUCAUGGAACGUCAUGGUCCUUCUAUUAAACUUAUAUACAAUUAUUUAUCUAGAAAUAUACCAUUACCUAUUUUAUGUUUGAUUGCAAUUUAAGCUGUAUAAAUUCUAAUAUAUUUCUAGUUAACUUGUCUAGAGAUUAUACAUAAACAUUAAAUUGUUCAUAGAAAUCUAAGACCUAAAAAAUUGUUAUUAUCAACUAAUGGCAAUGAAAUUUUAUUAAGUGAUUUCAAAUAUGCUUGUAGAUUUAAAAAAUAAUAUGGAUCAUUAAUGGUUAACGAAAACUAUAAAUUAAAUUCAAACAAAAUAUUUUUAAACAAAUAUUCAAGUAUCAAUCAGCAUCUCAACCAAGGUAAUCAGUAAAUUCAUUUUUAAAGUUCCAACUCCUAAAGACGAUCUUGAAUCUUUAGCCUAUAUAUUACUUAUGUAUGCUUCCAAUUCCACUGUUUUCUAAAUUAAAGCAGAGAAUAAAGCACUUAAACUUAAAAAGUUGGAGAGUAUCAAAUUGUCAAUUAUUCCUGAAAUAGCUUUUAAAUAAGCUCCUCUUGAAUUCAUUCAUUUCUUACAUUUAGUAAAGACCAGUAAUGCUAACGAUUAUCCAUAAGAUUAUGAGAAAUUUAAGCAAAUAUUUAGAAAAAUCAUUUAGAUUAGUGGAUAUACAGAAAGAGAAUUAUCAUACCCUUUGUUUCAUAUGAAUUUACAAGAAAAAACUUAAUAAUAAUAAUUUCAGAGUUAAACUAGUAAGUUUAAGAAAAUGUAACACUAAAAAAUGAGUUCAGAAUCAAUAAAAGAAGAAGAAGCUGAUGAUGAAAUGUCAACAUAUUAAAUAGAAAAAGUUGGUGAAGAUAGAACUAUUGAACCAUUAAUUAAAGGAUUAGCAACAAAGUAAUUUAAACAUAUUUCUUUUUUAAAUUAAUCUUAUGCUGGAUCAUAAAUUGUAAAACUUAAAUAUACUAAAAAAUGA